AGUGAGAGAAAAGGGAGCAUUGAGCAUUGGGAAGAAGAGAGAGAAGAAAGAGAGAGGAGAGAAAGAAAGGAAAUGUCUGGGUGGUGUAGGGGAAGAUAGGGGGCAAAGCUUCAGCAUUUGGUCUCUCUUAAUCUCAGCAGACCCUCCUUUUUCUCUGCCCCUCUGUUCCCUCCUUUUACGUCGCCGUUUUGCCCCCUUCACCUCGCCGGAAAAGCCCAUAAACCUUUCCCGGGAAAAUCUGCAACCUUUUACGGGAAAGUUUUUUCUUUUCCAUUUUUUAAAAUCUUUUUUGGGGGCUGUAGACUUUGCUAGCUGAUCUGAGCUCAGCGGAGAACUUGAAAAUCUAGUUCGUUGAUCUGAGUGCGUGGUCUGGGAGCUGAGAAGAGCUCGAAAAGGAGCUCCAAUUUAUCCCCGAUAUAUCUCCGGCGAGAUGAGUAAGUGAGAUUUUCCGGCAAUAUAUCCAGUCUUUCGAAGAACCCAAGUCGCCGGAGCAAACAAUGAAGCCGCCCGCGAACGGCGCCGGAGCUGCUGCGGCCAACGGUCCAUCCAAUUCAUGUGAAGGGGGAGAGAAUGUGAAGAUCAUAAACCCGGAGCUAUGGCAAGCGUGCGCCGGGCCGCUGGUGAACUUGCCGCCGGCUGGGACCCACGUGGUGUACUUCCCUCAAGGUCACAGCGAACAAGUUGCAGCAUCUAUGAAAAAGGAUGUGGAUGGUCAAAUACCAAACUACCCGAAUCUUCCCUCCAAGCUACUAUGUCUCCUUCACAAUGUCACCUUGCAUGCGGACCCCGAAACGGACGAAGUUUAUGCUCAGAUGACACUUCAGCCUGUUCCCUCGUUUGACAAGGAUGCAUUGUUGAGAUCAGAUCUUGCCCUCAAGUCAAAUAAACCCCAACCAGAGUUUUUCUGUAAAACAUUGACAGCAAGUGAUACAAGCACUCAUGGAGGUUUCUCUGUGCCCCGUCGUGCAGCAGAAAAGAUUUUCCCUCCUCUCGAUUUCUCCAUGCAACCACCUGCUCAAGAACUUGUUGCCAGGGAUUUGCAUGAUACUGUUUGGACUUUCCGCCAUAUCUAUCGUGGGCAACCAAAACGCCACUUGCUUACAACAGGAUGGAGCCUAUUUGUUAGUGGGAAGAGGCUUUUCGCUGGCGAUUCUGUCUUGUUCAUUAGGGAUGAAAAGCAGCAGCUUCUUUUGGGAAUUAGACGCGCUAACAGGCAACCCACCAACCUAUCAUCUUCAGUAUUAUCAAGUGAUAGCAUGCACAUUGGGAUUCUAGCAGCUGCAGCUCAUGCUGCCGCUAAUAAUAGCCCCUUCACAGUGUUCUACAAUCCUAGAGCCAGUCCAUCAGAAUUUGUUAUUCCAUUAGCCAAGUACUACAAAGCAGCGUGUGGCAACCAACUAUCACUGGGGAUGCGAUUUCGUAUGAUGUUCGAAACUGAAGAGUCAGGAACAAGAAGGUACAUGGGUACAAUUACAGGAAUUAGUGAUCUUGAUCCUGUUAGAUGGAAGAGCUCACAAUGGCGCAAUUUGCAGGUUGGUUGGGAUGAGUCAACUGCUGGGGAAAGGCGUAAUCGGGUAUCAAUGUGGGAAAUUGAGCCUGUUACCGCUCCAUUUUUCAUUUGCCCCCCACCAUUCUUCAGAUCAAAGCGUCCUCGGCAACCAGGAAUGCCAGAUGAGGAAUCCUCUGAUUUAGAUAAUCUUUUUAAGAGGACAAUGCCUUGGCUUGGUGAUGAUAUGUGCAUGAAGGAUCCCCAGGUUCUAUCUGGCCUGAGCUUAGUCCAGUGGAUGAACAUGCAGCAAAAUUCUUCCGCGGGUAACUCAAUGCAGUCAAAUUACAUGCAUUCCUUUCCUGGUUCUGCUCUGCAAAACCUUGCUGGAGCGGAUCUUUCGCGGCAGUUGGGCAUGUCAGGGCCUCAAAUACCUCAGUUGAGCAAUUUACAAUUUAAUGCCCAGAGACUACCUCAGCAAGCACAACAGCUUGAUCAACUCCAAAAGCUGCCAUCCACAAUGAACCCAUUAGCAUCCAUGAUUCAACGACAGCAACAGUUGGGUGAUAUUACUCAACAACCCAGGCAAAAUUCUUUUAAUCAAUCUCUACCCUCCAGCCAAGUUCAAUCCCAGCUUCUGCAACCUCAGACCCUUGUUCAAACUAAUAGUAUCCUUCAGCAGCAAUCAUCUAGUCAAAACCAUCUUCAAAGAAAUCUCCCUCAGAACCUGCAGCAGCAUCAGCAGCAACAACAGCAGCAACAACAGCAGCAGCAUCAACAGCAGCAGCAGCAGCAUCAACAACAAAUUGCGGGUCAAAAUCAACAGCAAUUUCACUCUCAACUUCCUGAUCAAAUAAACCAACAGUUGCAACAUCUUUCUGAUAAUCAGCUUCAACUUCAGCUGUUACAGAAGCUUCAACAGCAACAGCAGUCGCUUUUGACACAGCAGGCACUGCAACAGCCUGCUCAACUUAUCCAACUCCAGGACCAGCAGAGGCAACUGUUAGAUGUGUCCCAGAGCUUCUCCAGGCCUUUGACUCCCCCCCAAAUGCAAGAUAUGCCUCAAAUGGCACCAACCUUGCAUCCUCAGUCAAGAACAAUGCCACAGCAGCUGACAAAGAAUAAUAACAGCCAAACUAAUGUUCGGUUUUCUCAUCCACCUCAGCAGCCAAAGCUUCAACAGCAGCAACCCGUUAUGGUGCCUGAAAUGUCCGGGCAUAUGGGACUUCUCCCAACCCCAACAACCAAUCAACUCUCUACAGCUGUAAGCAAUGUAAUGACAGGAGGUGCAGGAGGAGGGCAGUCUGGGAUUACAGAUGAGGUUCCAUCUUGUUCAAAUUCACCAUCCACAAACAACUGUCCAAGUUUAAUUCAACCAUUGAUGAACAACAGAGCCCAUCGAAAUUCAUUAGUCGGGGAGGACAUGGCUCAGUCUGCCACCACAAUCUUGAGUCCUAGUGCCAUAGAAACAAUGCCAUCGAAUGGUAACUUAUUGAAAGAUUUCCAGCUUAAGUCUGAUGUUAAGCCUUCAGUGAACAUUGCUAGCAAUCAAAGUCAAGGAAUUCUUACAGCACAAACAUACCUGAACAGUGCAGCUGCCCAGACAGAUUACUUGGACACAUCAUCUUCAACAACUUCAGUAGGCCUCUCUCAAAAUGAUGUCAAUUUACAGCAGAAUACUGCCCCAUUGUCUUUCAAUCCACAAUCAAUGUUAUUUAGAGAAGCCAGUCAAGAAGGGGAAGUUCCGGCAGAUCAUAGAAACAAUGUUUCAUAUGGUUCUAACAUUGAUGGCCAAUUGGGGAUACCCUUGAAUCCUGAUCCUAUGUUGGCCAAGGGCACGGUUGGGUUAGGAAAGGAUUUUUCAAAUAAUCUCUCUUCAGGAGGCAUGAUUGGCAACUAUGGAAAUGCAAAAGAUGCCCAGCAGGAACUUUCAUCUUCAAUGGUUUCCCAGUCCUUUGGAGUUCCAGAUAUGGCAUUCAAUUCAAUUGACUCAACCAUAAAUGAUAGCGGCUUUCUGGACAGUGGCCCAUGGGCUCCAGCACCUCAAUUUCAGCGAAUGAGGACAUACACCAAGGUGUACAAACGUGGAGCUGUAGGGAGAUCUAUAGAUAUUGCACGCUAUUCAGGUUAUGGUGAGCUUAAACAAGAUCUGGCUCGUAGGUUUGGUAUAGAGGGACAGUUAGAGGACCGAGGGAGAGUAGGCUGGAAGCUUGUGUAUGUAGAUCAUGAGAGUGAUGUUCUGCUAGUUGGAGAUGACCCUUGGGAGGAGUUUGUAAACUGUGUUCGCUGCAUCAAGAUCCUGUCCCCACAAGAAGUCCAGCAAAUGAGUUUGGAUGGAGACUUUGGUGGCAACGCUGUGCUUCCAAAUCAAGCUUGCAGCAGCUCAGAUGGUGGGAAUGCCUAAUGUAGUGUACCAAAAUGCUGACAGUUUGGAUGGAGCCUUUAGAUGUUUUUAAGAAAAUCUUUCAUGGUAAUCUGCACGGUAUGACCAAAGUUUGGUCUUUCUGGUCACUGACAACUUGCUGGAGCAAGCAAUUUGAGAAGUGAUCUUUUAAUAGUUGAGGGUGGCUUCCAACUUUGUGGCCCAGCUUACACAAGCAGUGAACAAAGUAUCCAUGUCUGAGAUUUCCUGAGUUUCUAGUUGGUCCGAGUUCUGUUCAAGGGAGGACCAAAUUCUGGGCAAGUGAACAACGUAGCAUGGCAUAUUUAUAUUUGCUGAUACGAAGAUGAUGUUCUGAAGUCAAUGUAAGAUUCAUUUGCCUUGGUACUUUUCUUUUUCUUCCACAUUGGAAUUCUCCCACGCAAGUACAUUGUAAAGAGCAUUGUAGCAUGGAAUUCUUAUCGUUCAGUUUCGAGUGUAUAUUAGAUUUCGAAAGUGAAAUCGGUUAUAUAAAUUUCGAAAGUGAUUGAUGUA